AGGUCACAUGAUGCAAGUUUAACAGGUGGGAGCAUGGUCUGUGUGUGGCUGCCAGGAUCAUGUUACUGUGGGUGUAGGGUGACACCCCUGCAUGUGGGGCAAUAAUUAUCUGAAAAUUCUAAAAUGUUAAUUUAGCUUUUAUGGAACCAAUUAGUAACUGGCAGAGUGAGCUAGCUGUCUGUAUCACACACCACUUACUGCAGAACCUCUUGGGGAGCAGACAUGACUGUGAUAAUGUGCUAAUAAAAGAGGCUGUGCAGCAUCUUAAAACUGAAAUUAGUGAAUUGUUCUAGGCAUGUGACACUUUAAAUCACUACGCUAGGGCUUAUUCACUAAAAUGUGAUCUUUCACAGUUUAAAGGACACUAUAGUUAGUCACCAUAAAUACUACAGCUUAAUAUAGUUGUUCGGAUGUCUACAGACUGUCCCUGCACUAUAAACACUGGCUUUCCCGAGAAAUGGCAAUUUUUACAUUGCUGGCUAAUUACAUAUCUAGUGGGAUUCACGCAGAUGGCCACUAGAGGUGCUUCGUGUGUCAAUGCUGCUUCAUGCUCUACAUGGAGGAAAUGAACAUUCCCCGGUGAGAUGCUUUGAUUUAUUCACAAUAGUUGUUUUUUUUAAUUUUUUUUUAUUUCAAAUUUGAACUUCACAUUCCUAUGGGAAAGCAUUGGAUUGGCUGAGAUCAUCAAAAUUGAUGAUCUCAGCCACGGAGCCUGCCGCAGCGAGAAUGGUAGUCACAACUUUCCUGGUUCAGCCCAACCAAUGCCUUUUGGAUAUCAGUUCACUGUAAUUUUCAGUUCAAUACUUUUUCAUCCAUUUUUCAUCAGUGGGGCAAUAUCCUUUUUAGCGUUGCUGAAUCCAGCAUGUUUUCCUGUACACAAUUCAAAGAUGUUGGUAUGCACAUGUAAAGUUUUGCCCUGUAUUAUUCUGCAGCAAUAUGGAGAUUAAUCAAAACAGAAUGUUUCGGAUCAAUUAUCAAUAUCUUCAAAUUCAUCUGUUUUCCUUUGGCAAUAUAAUAUUGCCUUUUACUAAACAGUACAUUUUUAUUAACUUAUGUCCAAUAUAAAAAAGUGCAUCUGGGAAACCAACCAGAAAUACUUAGAAUGCCAGAUUUUAUUAACCAAAGUGAGAAUUGUGAGAAAUUCCGUAAAUUAAAAAUGAGCUAUGUUUCAGGGAUUUUCUAACCUAAAAUUUGAACUUCACUUUGAACUCUUGACAGUUUCACUCUAUAAUUAUUUGUGUGUGAACAGACAUUGACCUUGAUUUUAAUUUGUUUGAAACAGCAUCAAAAAAAUACUCCAAUCUGAUAGAAAAAAAAAUCAUCAUACACUUUAAUGAUGAAUUCUGUAGAAUAAAGGGAUUCUCCAGUGCCAGGAAAACAUAUCAGUUUUCCUGGCACUGCAGGACCUUGGAGUGUCCCUCUUCCUCCCACCCCCAGCCCAAGUUGCUGAAGGGGUUAAAACCCCUACAGUAACUUACCGGAGUCCAGCGCCAGCGGGGGAGACCUAAUGCGCAUGCACGGCAAAAGCCGCGCACGCGCAUUAGACCUCCGCGUAGGAAAGUAUUAUUCAAUGUUUUCCUAUGGGGAUUUCGGCAACGCUGAAGGUCCUCACAUAGCAAGAGGACGUCCAGCGUCGCUUGAAACACUUUUGAUAGACAGCCACAAGAGGAGGACUUAACCCUUCAAUGUAAAUAUUGCAGUUUAUGAAAACAGCAAUAAUUACACUUGCAGGGUUAAGGGUAGUGGGAGUUGGCAUCCAGACCACUCCAAUGGGCAUAAGUGGUCAGGGUGCCUGGAGUAUGUAUUUAAUAAUUUGAAAAGGGUUUUUUGGGGGGGGAGGGAGUGGGGAUUAAUUUCCGAUGCGGAUUCAAACAAUAUAUAUAAUGGUCCUUUAACUGCAGAGUAGUAUAAAGUAGUGUUGCAUUGUUAUUUAGUUAUGUGAAAUUUACUGAUUACGCGUUGUGAUAUGUGUUCUAGCUCUGGCAAUUUUUAGGAAAUCAUCUGCGAGAAUUCAGAACCUGCAUAUGAAAUUAAUCUGGAUUGCUAUUAGGGAUCGACCGAUAUUGAUUUUGUUUUAGAGCCAAUACUGAACUUUUAGGCCACUAGCCGAUAACUUACCGACACCGAUAUUCUAUACAUCCGUUUUGAAAAAAGAAACAAUUUCUACACAAAUCUAUUGUUUACUGAACAUGAUUAAUAUUAUUUUUAGCAAAUUUUUUUUUUUUUUUUAUAAAGUGGUAAAUACACAAAAUAUACAUGCCAGUCAGAUUUCUUUUUAUGUUUUCAAGAAUAUUUAGUGUUCCUCUCCCCUCCCUGUCCGUUAGUGUACCUCUCUCCUCCCUUCCCUGUCCCUGUCCCUUAGUUUACCUCUCCCCUCCCCGUCCCUUAGUGUACCACUCCUCUCCCUUCCCUGUCCAUUAGUGUUCUUUUCCCCUCCCCUCCCUGUCCAGUAGUGUCCCUUAGUUUACCUCUCCCCUCCCCGUCCCUUAGUGUACCACUCCUCUCCCUCCCCGUCCCUUAGUGUACCACUCCUCUCCCUCCCCGUCCCUUAGUGUACCACUCCUCUCCCUUCCCUGUCCCUUAGUGUUCUUUUCCCCUCACCUCCCCUCCCUGUCCAGUAGUGUACCUCUCCCUUUCCUGUCCCUUAGUGUUCCUUUCCCCUCACCUCACUGUCCAUUAAUGUACCUCACCUCUCCCCUCCCCUUCCUUCCCUCUCCCUUAGUGGUCCUCUCCCCUCUCUCUCCCCCCACCCCUUAGUGUUUCACUCUUACCCUGUCCUUUAGUGUCCCGCUUCCUCCCUCCCCCGCCCCCUCCACUCUUAGUGGUCCUUUCUCCUCCCUGGUGUGCCUUGGCAGAGCGGAGCGCUUCCUUCCUGCCGGUCUUAUGGACGCGCCGGCCCUGCAUGUGCUGGCCACCACUGCCUCUCACAUUAUUGGCAAUAUCGGUAUCAAUAGUGGCCGAUAGCGAUAUUUGCCAAAAUCUGGAAUAUCGAACCAAUAAUUGGUCUAUCCCUAGUUGCUAUACUGUGUGAUAUUGAAAAAACACAACUCUGCCCCCACCAAUAACUGUGUAAUUUCAUUGUAACAAUUUGUUCUUUAACCCCUUAAAGACACAUGACAUGUGUGACAUGUCAUGAUUCCCUUUUAUUCCAGAAGUUUGGUCCUUAAGGGGUUAAAGAUGCUUUAUCAAAUAGAAAUGUCCCGUUCCUUUGGGAAUACUAAAUUAGUGGCUAAAUUUCAGUGCUUGAACCAGGUCUAUAGGAGCCAUAGGUCCUUAAGAUUUUAAACACAUGGGCUUUGGAAUGAAACUGAAUCUCUACAGAAAGAAAAGCUGUAUGCAAUAGCAAUUCCUUUAAAAUAAAAUUAUAAAGAAAAUUUUGUUUUCUCUGAGGAUAGGGAAAAGCAAAAUGUUGCAGUUUGCUAAUACCAAUUUUGCUGAUCUUUGCUAUUUUUGUAGUAGUGUUCCAGAUAUGAAAAUCAACAGAGUUUAACAGCAUGGAAGACAAGAGACGGAGAGCUCGGGUACAGGGAGCAUGGGCUGGAACCACCAGGGCAGUCUCUCGGCCAGGUGAGAUCCCUUAAAUGAACUCCAACUGGAAAAUCUUUUUUUUUUUUUUUUUUUUAAACUAUAUAGUAGAUAUAACUCUAACUGCAAACUUGCAUACUUUGGGGAUAUAUCUGAAACCAGCUUGGAAAAGCUGCAGAUGUGCUGUCUCUCUCCUUUUUACCAAGCACAGACUUUCAGUCUGGCACACUUGGUGUAGAAGGCAGGAGCGCUGAAGCAGACUGUGCUUGCCACAUCAGUUAACUCCAUAGAGCCAAUAGAAUCGGGAAGAAUACCUCCCAGCUAUAUGAUUGGCAGCCAGGGAGGCGUUUCUGAAAUUAGUAAUAAAAAUGCAAAUUUUCAAUUGAAAUCAGCUCUUUUAUAAAAUAGAAUUAAGAAGAGAUACUUGACACACAGCAAGCUGAAGUGGUUUAUAUGUGUGGAAACUCUGUUUAACAUGCAUUUGCCUUGUGAUAUACAAAUGUGUCUCAAGCAUGAAUGUGCUACAUAUUUUAGGAAAGAGAUGAAUCUCUUUGCUUAACAAUAUUAUGAUAAAAAUUUUAGAAUAAAAAAAGCUCUAAAAUCCUGUUUUGAGUCAGCCAAUUGUUACCAUAACAGUUUAUUACAUACACCAGUGUCUGAGUCACAACAGAACAGAAUCUGCAAUGGACAGUAUAUUUCUUACAUUUCUUAACCAUAAACAUUUUAACUGGUGAUUCUGUACAAACAGGCAAUUCUAGAAUGUAAGCAUGUGUGAGCAGGGCCCUUAGCACGUUUAUUCCUGUGCCUCCAACUCGUCUUGUUGCAAAUACUGAUUAGUCCACCUGUUGUACAACACUGAGGAAUUUGUUGGCACUUCAUAUAUAAUAAUAAGUUAUAGCAAAACUACAUUGCUAUAUUCGCAUCAGAUGUGCAUUCCAAAUAAAACUCUGUUGCAAGUAAAUUAGAUAAAAAUAAACGCUAGAUGGCAGCGUGUUACAAAACACAAGAAUUAGAUAACCAAUAUAUUCUUUUAUUUAUAUUGUCUGUCUAAGGACAGUGAUUGUAUUCCUUAGACAUAAUACAUUGUUCACUAAUGUAAACACUUACCAUAAUCCCUGAAAAGCUCUUUGCUUGUUAGAAUGUCCGUCCUGGGUACCUUUAAAUAUUCCUGCUGCCAAAAGUUUGUUGUAAUUCCUUUAAAGGAUCACUAUAGUGUCAGGAAAACAAAGCGAUUUUCCUCACACUAUAGUGCCCUGUGCAUGCCCGCACCCUCAGGGUCCCCCUCACGUGGCGCUGAAGGGGUUAAAACCCCUUCAGCAGCUUACCUUUAUCCAGCGCCAGGCUCCCUCGGCACUGGUGACCUCUCCUCCCCCGCCGACGUCAGCUCCCAAAUGGAGCCGAAUGCGCAUGCGCGGCAAGUGCCGCGCGCGCAUUCAAACAGUCCAAAAGUCAGAUAGAAAGCUGGCCUUCAUUAAGAGCAUUGCUAGAAUUACUUCCAUCUUCUUCAAAUGGAUAAAGUUGUAGUUCAUACAGAACUGACUUCAGAGAUGUUGGGCACUGUGUAACUACUCUUUACAGUGAGAGAGGGAUCUUUUAAAGGGAUAUAUGAGGAGCUUUUUAGAAAAGAGUAGCGCAAUGUAGGGGGGCUCUACUGCCCAAAUAAAAAAAGAAUCACUGUUCAGUAGAUUUAGCCCCAAUGAAAACAUGUAUGCAUUUAAUUGGGGAUUUGUUUUCUUCAGGGUAUAUCUAAAACCAACUUGAAAACACUACAGAUCUCUUGACUGUUGGCUUUGCAAGCCCUGCCCUUCUACCCCAGCCCAGACUUUCUGUAGCUGUCCAAUCACAGACUUCUCAGUGCAGCUCAAUAAGAAGUGUUUGCAAGGCAGGUGCUCUGGGCAAUUGUCUGCCUCUUGAGUUUAGCUCCACUGAGCCAAACAACCAGGGGGUGUAACAAAGUUCAUUUAGAAAAGUGACAAAUUCUAUUAAAAUCUGCACUUAUUGUAAAAGGAAAAAAAGAAGACACACUCUUCACACAUAAAUCACUUCUGCAAAAAGAAAGCGAAGUGUCCCUUUAUUAAAAAGGAUAGGGUUCCGGAGGGCGCUGUGUGUCAGGGUUACGGAAAUAGAACAUUCUUAAUGAUAUGGGGAGCCACUAAUAAGCUUUAAUCCAAUGUGAAUUUCAUGUUUUUGCUUUUCAAGCUGUGGAUCCUGUAAUAAAACCCCAACCGAAGACGAAUAGGCCUGAGAACCCUGGGAGGAACUUUCUGUAUAAAGAACCCACGGAGGUAACGGCUCAAUGUGAACAUUUCCAGCCAGAACAACAUUCUGCCUCGUCCAGCAUCAUCUCACUAACUGUUAUUUUUUUCAGGCUUAUCGCAGGGCUCCAGAACCACGAGUCAUUGAGUAAGUUGAAUGAAAGAGAACCAAACUAAAUGUUACAUUAUACCAUACAGUAUCAAAAAAUGGCACAUCCUGUACGUUAUUAUGGCAGUUUUGAUUACUUUUUUAUUUCAUUUUAAUAAUGUCAGCCUGCCUACCAUUGACCUCCUUACUCUAGUUGUGUUUAGAGUAAACAUCCAGUCCACUUCCCAUCUCUGUUCCUUGUCACAUUUUCAUUGUCACUGGCAUAGUUACUCAUUUGCAUAUUAUCUGCAAUUUCUCUUUAACCCCUUAAGGACCAAACUUCUGGAAUAAAAGGGAAUCAUGACAUGUCACACAUGCCAUGUGUCCUUAAGAGGUUAAAGCCAUGACCAUGUGGCCUCACUUUUCGAUGCCAUCUAUAAGCUGGUGACACCCAGAUCUACCUCUCCUGUGACGUGUCACUAACUAUCUGUUCUGCCUCUAGCUAGAUGACUACCCGUUUCCUAAAACUCAGACUUUCAAAAACUGAGCUCCUUUUAUUUUUUCUUUUGAAAAUGUCCCCAAUACUGUAACGCUCCUUGCAGAUUAAUGGAACCCCCAUUGUACAUAACUCCCAGCUUGCUGCUUUGGUGUUCUUCUGGAGAGUAACUUCACCCUUUCUCCCAACAAUCACACUCUCAACAAACCCAGAUUUCCUAUCCAGAAACAUUGUUUGUAUUAGCUCACUAAUUCACGAAAUUAUUGUUUCCCACCUCAGUUACUGCAAUCCUUAUCAACAGUUUCAUUUCAUUCUUGCACCCUUCAAGAUCCAGGCCAAAAUACUGACAAUAACAUUGGUUUCCCAAGACAACUUCGCCCUUCUUUUGUCCUCUUUUCAAACUUGCAUUGCUAAUCUCAGCUUCAAGACUGUAAAUAGUAAUAACAUUGACGAUAGUCAGUGCAUACCUGCAUCUAAUAAAUCCCAACUUACCCAUUGUGCUGAUCUGUAUUGUCCUUUCUUCUCAGUGUGGCCGGCGUCCAUGAGAUCAGCAUAUCCUCUGCUGGGGUUUCCAGGUAAAACAACGUGCUGUGAUCCAAGCCAACUCUUGAGACGUUUGUCCAUGCCACUAUGGGAACAAGUGUAACCAAGCCAUCACUGCUUUCGCACAUUAAACAUGGUGGUCAGUUGCAGGAGGCAUGGCGGUCACUGUUCCGUGCUCAGAUUUAUGAUAUUGAACAAUAUACUGUAGAUUGUGCAUGUGGCCAUUUACAAGUAUGUCCAGCCAGCUUAUUGUGGCAUGUUGAUGAUCCACAUAUAUGCAGGGUGAUGCACUUGUCAUGGGCUCGGUAAAUUGUGUAAUCUGCUUGGACAUUAUGUGAGAAAGACUGUAGUGCCCCAAAUGAAAUUAGAACUAUUCAGCAGCAUCUGUGUCUUUGUUACGAACACACCAUCAGUUACAUCACCACCUACAGAUGGUACAUUAUGGUGGGAUGGCCAAACUUAGAUCCCCAGCUGUUUUAGAAAUACAGCAUAUGAAUUGUAAAUGUGGGUGCCCCAUGCAUUAAGAGAAUCCUACCAGGGAAAUAGAACUUUUAUUGUACAUGGCUCUCUCUCUCUGUGCGUGUGCGUGUGUGUGUGUUCUUGAAAACUGCACACACAGAGUUCUUGCACCAUAACCACUGCAAUAAACUGCAGUGUUUAUGGGACUUGAAAUGUCCAUUUAAGCGUGUGUUUAACUUGCCUCUCUUGUAUACAGACUAAUGAACCAUGUUGUUUUCUCCUAGGCUUAGACUGGUCCCUUUGUUUAUUGAGCCCAAAGAAGCAGGCUGGAUGUUUGAACAAUUACUUCAAGAAAUUCCUUGGAAUCAGAAGACUAACAUGGGUCCAGGUGAUUUUUGUUUUGUCCUACACCUAAAUUCCCAGUAGAUGGCGCAGUUUACCCAUGAAACUGUUACUUGAACUUGAUUGUCUAAGUUAAUCCUUCUCUGCCUUGUUUUGUUUUUUUCUUUUAAUUGUGUAACUUUUGAUUGUGUAAUUAGACUUUAGUUGUCCAUGUUGCAAACUUUUAAAAUUCCUACUUUAUCAGCCUCAUUUUAUAGAUUACCUUAAUAUCGUUUUUUCACUGUAUGCUAUAGAAAAUAUGGUCAGCUAAGCAGUUCGUAAAACUUUUGUUUAAAACAACCACACACAAAACUUUGAUAUUUUAUUUUUCUAUUUUGUUCAUUUUGCAAGCCAUGGGAUGUGGUAGUUCUGAAGAUUGCAGGAUAAAACUUAUCAGGAAAGGUUAAAGGAACUUAAAUUGUAUAGCUUGGAGGAAAGACGAGACGGGGGAUAUGAUAGAAACAUUUAAAUAUAUAAAGGGAAUCAACACAGUAAAGGAGGAGACUAUAUUUAAAAGAAGAAAAACUACCACAACAAGAGGACACAGUCUUAAAUUAGAGGGACAAAGGUUUAAAAAUAAUAUCAGGAAGUAUUACUUUACUGAGAGGGUAGUGGAUGCAUGGAAUAGCCUUCCAGCUGAGGUUAACACAGGGAGGGUUUAGCCUAUUAACAGCCACACACACCCUGAGUCCUUUAAAAGAGGCUUCACAAUAAAUGUCAAUGACCUUCGUACUGAGACUUACGAACAACUGCCAAAGACCGGAUUCCACUUUUGUUAAAAAUGACAUUCCCGUUAUAUCAGAAAUUUUAGUUUUUUUCAUUUUCUACAAAUAAUCAUUUAAAUGGUCUCAAAUUAACUAAUUUUUUUUGUCGUCAGAUGGACAGUACCAGGAGCCCAGGCUUACAUGUUGGUAUGGUGAACUACCGUAUACUUACUCCCGCUCUACAAUGCAGCCAAACCCUCACGUAAGCCUUUUGCCAAUUUCUCACCUAUUGCUUUUGUUGUCUUGCCUUCUUUUUGAUUUUGAUAUUAAUGCAGAAUGAUGUUUUGUUGUAUCAACAGUGGCAUCCUCUGCUGACGAUGCUAAAAGAUCGCAUUGAAGAAGUGACUGGGUACAGCUUCAACUCCUUACUCUGCAACCUCUACAGACAUGACAAGGACAGCAUAGACUGGCACAGUGACGAUGAGCCAGCACUUGGCAGAAAUCCAGUUAUUGCUUCUCUCAGCCUUGGUGACACUCGUACCUUCCAGAUGAGAAAAAAGCCACCCCCUGUAAGUGAUCUCUGGGUUAGGGACACUAUAUUAAUAUAGGCAAUAAAAACAUUUGGCACCUUAACUAUUUUGUCAGUGGUCAUCUCACAGGCAGGGGCUCUGGUCCUGGAACCUCCAGGAGCAAAUAAAUGCCUGUGUCAUCUAGCCUCCCAAUCUGCGUUUAAAUGGUGUAAGCAGCCAUGGGUAACCUUAAACUCGCCAAAACUUAAUUUCCACUUAAUAGCGAUGAGAGGGUGAACAGGUAUGUAGAGUGCCAGCAUACUUCACAGCUCUCAAAUAAAAGAACUAAAAUAAGCAAAUUGUGGCAUACAAGUGAAGGUGGGGACAAGAAAUUUGGGGGGACCUGAUCACAUGAGUUUACAAUCUAUAUUAUCAUCCUCCUGACUGGAUGACUGCAUGCCUUAUCGUACAGAUAAACAAUUGAGUAUUUAGUGUAAUGAGAAAAUGAUGUGUUGCAGUGAAUAUAUUAUAUUGAUUUAUAUAAUAGUGUGUUGUUUCACACCACCUCUUUAGUAAUAGAAUCAGUGGUUCUUAUAAUGAAGUAAUCCACAGCAUCGGAACAGCUGCAUAUUUAUACCUUAUCAUGGGAGUUUCUCACAGCCUAAACAAGACAUCUCUUGACAGGUUCUGCAAUUUUAUAUAAUGUGCCUUUCUUUUUUUCAUUCUUCCUGUUCUAACCUGAGCAGAGCUGCUAUUAUGUAAACUAUAGUGUAUGACAUAACUGAUGUAGCAAACCAUCUAUUUGUCAAUCGCACACACUGUGACACUGAGUGGGACCCCUCCGCCUGCUUACACAAGUUAAUGUCACUGUCUGCAUGUAAAUGGGUCACUCUGCGGGAGGGGUUCAACACUCACAGCGCUUUCUAGAAGCAAAAAAAUCUGUUACCCACUCACUGUCGGCACAUAAGUCAAAACGUAGCCUCCCACGAAUUGUAUUUCGUAAUAUAAACAAGCAGUCAACAGGGAGCAUUGUCAAUGACAUAAGUAGAACUUUCUAGGAUAGAAUUGGGCACAUUUAAAAACCCUUGGAGCUUAUUUACUACACAGUGUUAUGGCAAAUUGACAAAAAAUUGUAAAAUACAUACCAAGUUUUUUUUUUGUUUUUUUUUAAAUUGUUUAUUGUAGCAUAUCUUUGCAGUGUUUUAUCAUAUCACCAUAAUGCACUGUUUGGUGAAGAUUUAUAUGUUUGCGUUCUGUGCUUCACUAUCUUGCCAGUUAAGUGACUGUAUGUUAACAUACGUGGAUUAUUGGCUUAGUGGGUAUCGGUAAGAGGGUUUAAAGAGAAACUGUCUCUUCUCUGAAAGUGAUAGUUACUUUUCCCUCACUCCAGUAUCCUUGAAGCAGAUUGAUAUAUGGGUAAAUUAUGCAUUUACUGCCUUACAGGAGGAGAAUGGGGACUACACGUAUGUGGAGCGUGUUCACAUACCUUUGGCUCAUGGAACAUUGUUACUAAUGGAAGGAGCUACUCAGGAAGAUUGGCAGGUGAGCGUCUGAUACAAAAAUCUUUCCAAUGCAUGGAUCGUCUUUUCCCGGACUACCCCAUAGAAACAUUGUGUCUGCUCUAGAACUGCACCUACAAACCAGCAACACUGCCCAUAUUGAUUCAAUGCAGUGUGCAGCAUCCACUCAGUGUGCUGCUAAUAUGUUGGUGCUGGAAAAGCUGUGGUGAAUUUAACUGAUGAUCUGGAGAAGCGUGGGGUAUAUUGAUUAGACCAUUCAGAUUGGUGACGGGUUCUUUAUAAUUUCAUUGUGGUGCUUCCAACCAAAGCGGACUCGGAAUACAUUGCAAAAUAAUAUACACAGAGGCUAUAAAGCUUGUGAUCAUUUAUUUUAAAUAAUGCAAAAAAACAUGAUGUUUUUUCUUCUCUGGCCUCCCCCUUGCAACGUGUCCAACCUGCUUAUGAGGAUUGAGGAAAGAAAUUGUCAUGUUCCCAAAAAUGGGACGUAAGAGCUCCCCCAAACCUGUGUGUUUGAGAUUAAUACAUGUGGUUUGUGCUUCUCCAUUUCUCCGCAGCAUCGAGUGCCCAAAGAAUACCACGACCGACGACCACGGAUUAACCUUACUUUCAGAACUAUGCUUCCAGAAACCACAGCUGUACACUGUUGAUCAGCCGAAGAAAUACAGAGUCUAUACAUCUAGGCUAUCGGCUGAUGUCUGGAUUCCUUUAAUUAUGAGCAAAUAACCCUGUACAAAGAUCGCCCCUUACCCAGUCACUGACAAGCUUAAUGGCGGUGUUUAUAAUGGGAAAGCAAUCGCUGGGUACCCUUUACCUAAUUUACAAAACCACCUUUUGUUUUGACUGAGUGCAAGUACUAUUUUGAUUUUUUGGAUUUACCUAAUUUAUGUCUAGAUGUGUUUACAUGAAUAUAAUAUGAAGCAUCUUUGCUGGUAAAGGCCACAAGGAUUUAGUAACUAUUUGUUUGCACUAUAGCUGCACAGUUAUUUGUUUCGAACAUGGGUUUAUGACUGUCUAAAAGAUAAAUUCAUUUAAUGUUUCUUAUUGAUGAAUAAUAAGGGUAAACUCUUACAAUAAUGCUAAUAACAGAAAAACCGUGGCUAUUGGUAUCCUUUCCAUUACAGAUUAAAAGGGGGAUAUACCCUACCUGCCUACUGCCAAAUAUCUUUCAAUAUAAUCUUCAUGGCCCACAUAGGAUGUAAACUAAACGGGUUCAUAGCAGAAUUUGCUCCUUCACUACAGACUAAGACAAACACUUUUUUUUUUAUUAUUUAUUAACUGAAAUUCUAAUUAAUAUGUUUAAUAAAUCUUUAUUUUCAGUUCACUUUUCAUAUUGAUAAGUGUGAAUACAGUCUAAUAAGCAAUGCUAUUUCAAAACAGUGAAGCCAGUCGAUUUCCAAAAUAGUGAUAUAGAAAUAUGGAACCAACAGGUAUGAUAACAAGCGUGAAUAAAUUUAAAUUGUUGAUAUGAUAAUACAGUAAAAUGGUCUGAUAAAAAACAAAUGAUAGUCGAUGAGAACAAAUUAAGAGCAACUGCCCAACACUAGAACAAUUUACUUCUUGCAAAGAGGGCAAAAAAAAUUAUAUUUCAGUGCCCUAGGGCUAUUAACAAGCUCUUUCGAUGCACAACAUUUUAGACAGAAAGGUAAUUGAACUCACAGGAUCACACUUGAAUAUUAUAGAAUUUACAUAUAUUAGAGAAUCAUUCAACGAUAUGUGGUACAACACUGUAAUUUGUGAAAAGUUUGUUGUCCAUAAUGAAAUUUUGCAUUAUUUUGUCAUUUUCUUUCAUAAAAAUCCCAGGAAUGCAAUAAUCUUUCUAAAAUUCAUUAUGCUUGUUUUUAUGCAAUAUACAUACAUGUGCGCAUGUAUUUAUAUUUGUGUUUAGAUUUCUAUUUAAUUUUUUAAAGUACAGGAAGCUUGAUAAAGUUUAACUUUAUUUUUCUUUUCUCAAUGGUUACAUAACAAGCAUUUUUCUUCCGGCCGCUGCAUAAACACUCCUCUCAUCGUUAAAUGAAAUAAUUUGGAAGUGUUAUGUUGGCUCUCUCUGCUCUUCCUUAUGUAACGCCGAACGCAUGUAAAUUAUCAGACAGAGGAUGCUAAUAAUGACACACAUCUCCAUAGCAACCUGCGUGGAACAUUACUGAGCGCUAUAUGUGGGAAGAUUGCAGGGCGGCUUGGAAACUGUGACAAUGAGGGGUAGUGAAUCCUCUGUCAUCAUUGCCUGUAACAGAAAUUCUGUUAUUAUCCAGAACAUUCAGCAGCCUUUGAGAUGUUUCUGAUGUCACUUUGGUUUUGCCAUUUAGUCAUUCGAGCUAUCGUUAACUCUCUGGGGUUUAUUCACUAAGCUGUGAGUUGCGAUGAGCUGGAGAAUUAGUACAAAUUUUAAAUAUGCUUUUCCAGAUUUCAACUCACUACAACCAUGCACACCUGUUUAGGCUUUAAAGGGACACUAUAGUCACCAAAACAACUUUAGCUUAAUGAAGCAGUUUGGGUGUAUAGAUCAUGCCUUUGUAGUUUUACUGCUCAAUUUAGAAGUUAAAUCACUUUUGUUUCUGU